AACGGUCCCUUUGGGACCAUCAAGCAUUGUCAAAUUUUCAAAAGAAAAAAAUAAUAAAUAAAUAAAAUAAAAGGUUGUUGCUGGAUCUAAACCUAUUUCUCCUAUCUGUUCUACAUUUUCUCUUUAAUGAACAUUUGUAAUUCCUCUACUACAUCACUUUGAUCAGAGACUGGAAAUAUAUAGAGAAUAAAAGAUAUGUUAUCUGAACCAUCAUCUGGCAGUGCACCAAAAUGCAUCCUCUUAACGGGUGCAGCAGGUUUCAUAGCCUCACAUGUCACAAACCGGCUCAUCAAGAACUAUCCCAGUUACAAGAUUGUGGCUCUCGAUAAACUGGAUUACUGCUCCAGUCUCAAGAAUCUCAACCCAUCUCUUUCAUCUCCAAAUUUCAAGUUUGUAAAGGGUGAUAUUGCUUGUGCAGACCUUGUAAAUCACCUAUUGGUGGCUGAAGAAAUCGAUACCAUUAUGCAUUUCGCUGCACAAACCCAUGUAGAUAAUUCUUUUGGAAACUCAUUUGAAUUCACUAACAAUAAUAUAUAUGGAACCCAUGUUCUUCUUGAAGCUUGCAAAGUUACACAGAGGAUCAAGAGGUUUAUUCAUGUCAGUACCGAUGAAGUUUACGGCGAGACUGAUAUGGAGACUGACAUUGGCAAUCCUGAAGCUUCUCAGCUCCUUCCAACCAAUCCAUACUCUGCAACAAAAGCAGGGGCAGAGAUGCUUGUCAUGGCUUAUCACAGAUCUUAUGGUCUCCCUAUAAUUACAACAAGAGGGAAUAAUGUUUAUGGCCCAAAUCAGUAUCCUGAAAAACUAAUCCCCAAAUUCAUACUCCUUGCAAUGAAAGGUGAGAAAUUGCCAAUUCAUGGGAAUGGAUCAAAUGUGAGAAGCUAUCUGUAUUGCGAGGACGUAGCUGAGGCGUUCGAUGUAAUACUUCACAAAGGGGUAAUUGGUCAUGUCUACAAUAUAGGCACCAAGAAGGAAAGAAGAGUGUUGGAUGUUGCUGAAGACAUCUGCAAACUGUUUGGUUUGGAUACCAAAGAAGUAAUUGAUUUUGUCCAAGAUAGACCAUUCAAUGAUCAGAGAUAUUUCUUGGACGAUCAAAAACUCAAGAAGCUUGGUUGGGAUGAAAGGACUCCAUGGCAUGAAGGGUUAAGGAUGACAAUGGAAUGGUAUACUAGGAAUCCAGAUUGGUGGGGUAAUGUAGCCGCCGCUCUUAAUCCACACCCACGAAUCUCACUCGUCAACCUUUCCAAUGAUGAUGCAUGGUUCUUUCAAUAUGGAUACAGAAGGCUGAGCAGAGAUUUAAGCGGUGUAAAUGACGGUUCGGGACUGAAGUUCUUGAUAUAUGGUAGAACUGGGUGGAUUGGAGGUUUACUGGGGAAGCUUUGCAAUGAAGGUGGGAUAGUAUUUGAGUAUGGAAAAGGAAGAUUGGAAGACAGAAAAUCCAUCAUGGACGACAUAAGAAGAGUAAAGCCAAGCCAUGUGUUUAAUGCAGCUGGAGUUACUGGAAGACCAAAUGUUGAUUGGUGUGAAUCUCACAAGGUUGAAACCAUUAGGACUAACGUAGUGGGAACACUUACUUUGGCAGAUGUUUGCAGAGAACAUGGUCUGUUAAUGAUGAAUUUCGCAACCGGAUGCAUAUUCGAGUAUGACAAAGACCAUCCACUUGGAUCAGGUAUUGGCUUCAAAGAGGAGGACAAGCCUAAUUUCACCGGCUCUUUCUAUUCCAAGACCAAGGCCAUGGUGGAGGAGUUGUUAAGAGAAUUUGACAAUGUCUGUACUUUGAGAGUUAGAAUGCCAAUCUCAUCAGAUUUGAGCAACCCAAGAAACUUCAUCACAAAGAUUAGCCGCUACAACAGGGUGGUGAAUAUACCUAAUAGCAUGACAGUGCUUGAUGAGCUACUACCAAUCUCUAUAGAGAUGGCAAAGAGGGAUUGUAGAGGAAUUUGGAACUUCACCAAUCCUGGAGUGAUUAGCCAUAAUGAGAUCCUAGAUAUGUACAGGGACUACAUUGAUCCACAAUUCAAAUGGGAGAAUUUUGAUUUGGAGGAACAAGCUAAGGUAAUUGUAGCACCAAGGAGUAACAAUGAAAUGGAUGGUAUGAAGUUGAAGCAAGAGUUUCCUGAAUUGUUGUCCAUCAAAGAAUCAAUCAUCAAGUAUGUUUUUGAGCCCAACAAGAAGACUUGAAAUAUACCAUUAUUCGUAUGCUUGGUUGUUGCAUUUGUUUACAGAGAAAAAUAUUUGAGCUUUAAUAUUAAUACCAUUAAUUCUUGUCAUUCUGUUUCCUUA